AUUAGGCAUAACUAAAAGACACGAUCGCCUCCCUUUGCUUGAAACACCCCAUUUGCACGAUCAAGCAAUUACUCAUUGACUUUGGAUUAUUUUAAACAGUAGUAGAUGAAUGAGGCUGAGAAUGAAGUUUAGACACAGAGUUGUUGUGAUGUCAGUGGCAGGGACACUUGCAGUGGUAUAUCUGUUCCUUAUGUACACAGGACUCCUACCCAAGAUAUUCAGUUCACAUGAAGACAAACUGAAAAAGUUUAUGGACAAGAACCCUUUAUCAUUCAGUUUUAAGGGAUGGAAAGUGAAUGCUGGUCAGUGUAGAGCUGACUUUUCAGUGCCAAAGGAUGUUAUAGCUACACAAGACUUAGCAGAGAGGACAGACUUUAACACUUAUGUGAAUGGACUUUAUAAUCUUCCACAUGCAGAGCUAAAAGAUGCAGCUUAUGGCCCAAACUUACGUCCAUUGAGUGUUAUAAUAGUGCCCCAUUCACAUCUAGACCCAGGUUGGUUGGAGACAGUAGAUGAAUAUUAUAACAGAAAGGUGAAGUUUAUUUUAGACCACAUGGUGCGAAAACUGCAUCUAUAUCAGGAUAUGACAUUUAUUUGGGCAGAGAUUAUUUUCUUCCAUAGAUGGUGGGAAAGCCAAUCUAAGCUCAUAAAAGAACAAGUCCAUGAUCUUGUUAAAUCAGGUAGACUGGAGAUUGUUUCAGGUGGAUGGGUAAUGCCAGACGAGGCAUCCACUCACUACAUCUCGGUGAUUGAUCAGCUGAUUGAAGGACAUCAGUGGGUAUUUGAGACAUUUGGUAUCAAACCAUCCAGCAGUUGGUCCAUAGACCCUUUCGGCCACUCAGGAACCAUGCCAUACCUAUGGAAACAUUCUGGCAUGUCUAACAUGGUAAUAGGCAGAAUCCAUCAAGGUACUAAGGGUAGAUUGGCCUUAGAGAAAAGUCUGGAAUUUUACUGGAAACAAUACUGGAGCAGUUCAAACUCGGAUGAUAUUUUAUGCCAUGUGAUGCCUUAUAUGUUGUACAGUCUUCAUCAUACAUGUGGACCUGAUAAGUUUAUAUGUGCCAUGUUUGAUUUCAGAAAAAUACCAGGCGAACCAGAAUUCAGCAUAAUUCAACCUAUCACCAAGGAAAAUAUAGUGAAUAAAGCUAAGGAGUUGUAUGAACAGUAUAGGUUAAAAUCAAGCCUGUUUACACAUGGCACUAUUUUUGUGCCUUUAGGGGAUGAUUUCAGGUAUGACCAUAUUGAAGAAUGGGACCAACAGUAUGAAAAUUACAAAAAACUUAUGAAAUACAUGAAUUCGAAACCUGAAUGGAAAAUAAACGUAAAGUUUGGAACAAUAAAUGAUUAUUUCAAAGAAAUUAAGAAUACUGAAAUGAGUAGCUUAUUUCCUAAAAGAGAGCUCUCGGGUGAUUUUUUCCCAUAUUCUGAUCACGAUAAAGCUUACUGGACUGGCUAUUUUUCCACCCGACCAUUUGAUAAAAGAUUUUCUAGGGAAGUUGAAACUAGACUGAGAGCAUCAGAAAUACUUCACUCCAUUGCAUUAGCCUAUAGUGACUAUUGGAAUGUUAAAUAUAAAUUUCUGCAACGGGCACCAAGGUUACUAAAAGAGGCUAGAGACAAUCUUGGGAUAUUUUUACACCAUGAUGCGAUUACGGGAACAUCAAAGGCUUAUGUGGUAGAGGAUUACGAAGAAAAGCUUCUUCUGGCUUACGACAAUGCAAUGCACGUCAUGGGAUCAGCAGCUCAGUUUUUAUUAACAAAAGGAAAGCUUGACAAUGAUCCAUCUAUACUGGAACCAGAACUUACUAGAGCUACCUAUAAGCAGUCGUCUAUGCAUCAGAAGAUAUCACCUACUAAAGAAGGUACAAGAAUAGUACUCUAUAAUCCAACAAGUCAUUUGCGUUCCGAGUUUGUUGAAGUGAUUGUUGAUUCAGUUGAAUUUCAGAUCAAAGAUUCAAAAAGGAAAGAGGUUCCAUUUCAGAUUAAUCCAGUAUUUGUAUCAGGUACUGAAGUAGAUAGAACAGUUUUUGAGAUCGUCUUUCUGACUGAAAUCUCCGCAUUUGGCAUUGAGACGUACAUCUUACAAACUAUAAACAGGACACCAAAGAGUUUCUGGUCAAAAAUUACAAUUUACAAUUCAGAAGAAUUGAUAAUUGGUCCUGAAUUAAAAUUCGAGCAAGAAAGGCCUAGACAUAGAGGAAACCUCAACGAAGCAAUUCUAAUUGAAAAUUCUCAGAUAGCUGCUGAGUUCAAACCAAUAAAUGGAUUACUGGACAAAUGGAUUGAAAAGGCAGAUAAUAAAACAAAAGUAACGAAAAUAAUGCUGGACUUUAAACAGUAUACAUCCCGGGGAAGUGGAGCAUACAUAUUUUUGCCCACUGGUCCUGCUACUAACAUGCUGCAGGGAACUCCUGUAGUCCGUGUGAUAGAAGGACCAUUUUGCACAGAGGUUCAGUCAGUAUAUGUGCAUUUAUAUCAUAGAGUCAGACUUUAUCACCAUCCAGGCUUACAAGGCAGACAACUGUUUAUUCAGAAUGCAUUAAAUAUGUUUGUUCUCAACAUGCGAGACAGGGAGCCUAUCAUGAGGAUUUUAACAAGCAUUAAUAAUGAAAAAGGUAGUUUCUUCACAGACGAAAAUGGAUUUCAGUUCAUUGGAAGAAAAAGACAUCCAACGGAUGAACAGUAUCAAAGUAUUGAAAGAAGCUAUUAUCCUGUGACAACGAUGGCUUUUAUAGAAGAUGGUAAAACUAGAGUGACAGUGCAUACAGGGCAAGCACAUGGGGCAGCCUCUCUGGAGAGGGGAUGGUUAGAAUUUAUGAUUGAUAGGCAGUUGUUGUACGAUGAUGAGCGAGGUCUUGGAGAAGGCAUAUCUGACAACAAACUUACAAUGACCAAAUAUAUGUUAACAAUCGAACACUAUGAUACCAGUACAUUUGAAGAUAAGUUCACAUUCCCUUCCAUGCAAGCAAACAUUAUCAACGAAUUUUUGAAUCAUCCAAUUCAGAAGAUGUACACACCGAUAAAUUCAGAGAUAGUUUCUCCGAAUUUUGUUCCAUUAAAACAGCCACUACCUUGUGAUAUUUUUGUGGUUGGAAUGAAAUCAUUGUAUAAAGCAGACUUAUCAUUCAAUGGUACUAGCUUAGUCAUACACAGGAAAGGGUUUAGAUGCGGUUAUCCCAGUGACGGGUUACAAUGCCCUAGUACUAAUGUAAAUGUUGCCCCUCUCUUUCCUGGUGUUUUGAAAGGUAGUGUUAGAGAAACGUCUUUAACACAUCUUACCACGAAACAGUCGAAAGUAAACCUUGAAAAUCUGCAAGUUCCUCCAAUGGAAAUUAAGUCCUUUGUCAUCUCUUAAGGAUUAAUUUGAUGCCAGUAGUUCUGUGUUAUAUUGGAAGUUUAAAGUAAAUAUUCAGGCUUAAUAUACUAUACAGUGCGAUGAUGGGAGUUAUGCAAAGAAAAGUGAGAGCUACUCUGCCACCUGUGUGUCGCAUAUGGUUGAAGUUUUGUGUUCAAGUUCAUAUUUCAGUAACCAUUGCGUGUUUUGGAUUAAGACAUAACACAAUGUUUCCGAGUCAUCAAACUUUCUGAAAUUACGAAGUUAGAAAACUUUUUGUUGGAUUUGAUACAAAUUAUGGCCCAAUUUAACUUUUGUUUUUACAUUAUGUUAUUGUACAAACAUUAGUGUAUGUUAAACUUAUACCUGGUAGUGACAAUCAUUGAAGCCUAGAAGAAGAAGCCAAUCUAGUUGAGACAAACUGCAUAUAGUUCUGCACGUUUCAUAACUCUGAAGUAAUAACGUAAUGUCAUUUUCUCACUUAUCGGACAGAAAAAUCUCUAUUUUUAGAAAUGCUGGAAAGUCUUAUCUCACAUGGGUUAUCCCACACUCCUGUGCCGGACUACUUCAUGCACUGAAUAUACAUAUUAUUUAUGUAAAAUAAUUAAAAAACUGGUACCUUUAUCUUUUCUCUCCGUUCCUUAUAGUGUAUUUCUCGAUUCAAAAUUCGUUACGCUACAAACGAUAAAACUGAAGUGGAACUUUGUUAUUGUGCGUCACUGAAACGUCAUGACGUCUUUUCUGCUUACGGACGUCAGUUUCCCGCGUUUUAAAUAGUUCCAUAUUUUCAUGCUUGUUUUCAUUCUUUCUGUUGUGGUAAGUGAGAAAUAGAAUCCAUCAUUGGUGUUCGGUGAAGAUCGGAAAUCCCAACCCUCGGGCACACCGCUCAAGUCUUAAACUCGGCACAGCCUCGUUUAAGACUUGAGAGGUGCGCCCUUGGGUUGGGAUUUUCUGAUCUUAACCGAAGACCAAUGAUAGAUUCUCUAUAUCCGGAUAACGAAGAAUAAAGCCUGGACUCUAUAUACAGAAAUGGAAAUUUAUUGUUUUAUGAAUUAGUGGCAACACGUUCGUAAAUUUAUUAAAAUGACAACGUUUCUAUAUUUCCUAAGAAAAAUAUGAUAUCAAAACGUUCGACAUGUUUCAAUAAUUCCAAUUUAUUUAUUUUGUUGCGUUAAAUGUCGCACCGACACAACUAUAGGUCAUAUGGCGACUUUCCAGCUUUGACGGUGGAGGAAGACCCCAGGUGUCCCUCCGUACAUUAUUUCAUAACGAGAGGGCACCUGGGUAGAACCACCAACCUUCCGAAAACCAGCUGGAUGGCUUCCUCGCAUGAAGAAUUCAACGCCCCGAGUGAGGCUCGAACCCACAUCGAUGAGAGGCAAUGAUUUGAAGCCGGCGACCUUAACCACUCGGUCACGGAUGUCCCUCAAUAAUUCCAAACAGUUUUAAAACCAGCGUGUAAUCCAUGUAUGUAUCGGAAUAUUUGUGCAUACUGUCUCCUGUAAUUUAAAACUGAUCGAGAUAUUUUCGUAAUUAAUACAUUCUUAUUACCCCUGUUUGUGUACCUUAGAAUGAUAUAUGAUAUAUAUGGUACUGUAUAAUAUUUAAAUAGGAAUGUGUGUAACAAAAUAUCUGACUCAAUAAGUAAGUGGAAGUAUUUGAAAGGCAGAUUGGUGUAGCUAUUUACGUUACCAUGUUGCUGUUUAAGCUUUGUGGUUAAAUUGUUACUCAGUAUUUGAGUCAUGUAAAUAUGAAAUCUUGCGUUUCAUGGUUUUUACUUCAUUACCCAGUUUGUACAGACUCAUUUUAAGGAGGCAAAAUAAAAUGUGUAAUAUUCACUUAUUUAAAUGUAAGCACGGGCAUUGUGUUACUCUUAAUACACUUCCUGCACACACCAUAUUAUGUAUACACUUGUUAAACUACGUUAUAUUUUAUAAUGAUGUUGUGUUUAUUUGAUUGUUUAUAUUUUGUCUUUUUAUUGUGGCUUCAAUUGUUCAUAAAAAGUUGCUAAGAUGUACAUGUAUGUGACAGCAUUUAAGUAUUGUCAUUACAUAGAUUAAAAAACGUUUUAAGCUCUGAUAUUUGAAGGUAAAGGAGGGCUAUUGUAUUUGCCAUGCAGAAGGCAUUCAGGUUAAAGUUUUAUGACAAGUUUCUCGGUUUCACUAUAUCUUCUUGACUUCUCUCCCAAAAAUCAUCAAACCUCACAUACGGUUUGAUCUUAGUAGGCGAGAGGGAGGGGACAUUUAUUUGUUUAAGGUCAGGAUCCUUAAAGGUCAAUGUCAUUUGGGUCAGAUUUGGUAGUAGUGUUGGUUAAAUUCUAAUUUCACUUAUCCCUCAUAUCAUCUCUACUUCAAACCCUACAUCAGCUUCUUCCUCCCCUGUGUCCAUUACACUCCUUACACUAAUUGAUUCAUAGAUUCCCGCAUAAUACAACUCAACCCUCUUCCCCGAAUUUUGAACAUUGCAACCCUUCAACAUCCCCACUCCUCCCCCUCCCCCAACACACACACACACACACACACACACACACAAACACGUGUGCGCGCGCAACUUCCUCACCGUUCAGAAACAUACAUUUCUCACUUUUACUCAUAUAAUUUUAAUAUCUAGGUAAACUGUUUUCGUAUACUAGUAGUGAAGAGUGCUGUCCUUCCAACAGCUCUGGUUUCAUUUUAAAGUUAUCUUGCAAUGUACUCGAAGUUAUGAAAAUAUGUGAGUUGUGUGUCAAUAAUGUUAGUUUUGGCGAGUGUUAGGUACAUAUAUGUACAUACAGUGUUACAUUUUGAAAUAAUAGGGUUGAAUUUACAUGGUUUACCAUAUCAGAAAAACAAGUCACCUGGUUGUUUUUAUUUUGCAGUAAUUUACGUGCGUUGUUUUGAAUGUGAUUUUUAUAGCAUACAUGUAUAAUGUAAUGUAUUUGUAAAUAUUUCACAGAUAUCCAUACUUUCAUUUAUUAUUUACAAGAAUGGUUGUUUAAUGUCUUUCGAUUUUGAUGAUUUACAAUUAUUUUUAAUUAAAUUGAUAUACAAUCCAAUAA